CUCAUUGGCUUACUUGUCAUGUGGCUGUGCAGAGGCAUCCACAAUUACACAGGGAAUGUUUUCCUAGAGAUGUCAGCCUACAAAGGACACAAUCUCUCUUCUUCAAAUUCCUCCCCAAAAUGUCCUUUCCAAACAGCUCUCCUGCUGCAAAUACUUUUUUAGUAGAUUCUUUGAUCAGUGCCUGUAGAAGUGACAGUUUCUAUUCUAACAACGCCAGCAUGUAUAUGCAACCUAGCUCAGACAUUGGGACUUAUGGGAUGCAAACCUGUGGACUCCUACCAUCACUGGCAAAAAGAGAAGUCAAUCACCAAAAUAUGGGUAUGAAUGUACAUCCCUAUAUACCUCAAGUAGACAAUUGGACAGAUCCGAACAGGUCUUGCCGAAUAGAGCAACCUGUUACACAGCAAAUCCCCACUUGUUCAUUUCCUACAAAUAUUAAGGAGGAAACCAAUUGCUGUAUGUAUUCUGAUAAGAGAUCAAAAGUAAUUCCUGCAGAUGUACCUUCAUAUCAGAGACUGGUCUCUGACAACUGUCCUGUUGAAAACUCUGAGGUUCCUGUCCCAGGAUAUUUUAGGCUGAGCCAGACCUACGCCAGUGGAAAACCCCAAGAGUACAAUAAUAACCAAGAAAGCAGUUCAUCCCUAAUGUUACAGCUAAACCCUCGCGGCUCCUCCAAAUCGCAGAUAUCUUCACAACUACAGAUGGACAAAAAAAUGAAUGAAAAUUCGACCAGCCAAGACUCAUCGAAAGUGUCUCCAGUAGAAAGUCCAGACUCCAAGACUACAUUGCAGGAGGACAGGAGUUGCUUAGCUGAGGUGUCUGUGUCCAGUCCAGAAAUACAAGAAAAAGAAAGUAAAGAAGAAAUCAAGUCUGAUACCCCAACAAGCAAUUGGUUAACAGCAAAGAGUGGCAGAAAGAAGAGGUGCCCCUACACUAAGCAUCAGACACUGGAGUUAGAAAAAGAAUUCUUGUUUAAUAUGUAUCUGACGCGAGAGCGCCGCCUAGAGAUCAGUAAGAGUGUGAAUCUCACUGACCGGCAGGUCAAGAUCUGGUUUCAAAAUCGCAGAAUGAAGCUAAAGAAGAUGAGCAGAGAAAAUCGAAUCCGUGAAUUAACCGCGAAUCUGACUUUUUCUUAAAAUCACCCGCUUGACAUUAAACGUUUGACAAAAUUAUCAGCCAUUGCUAAAAGCAGGGGAGACAUUGAGACCAUUUCAGAACCAUUUCUGUGAUCUAGAAUGUGAUUCCUUCUCAUUUUUUAGUGCUGCAAGUGUCAAUAUGUACUUCCAUGAGUAUAUAAAUAAUAAAAAAAAAACUCUAGCACAUGUAAAUUAUUUUCUUCACCGUAUGGCAGGGUAAAUAUGAUGAAAGUUUGUAAUUUGGUCUUAACUUAUUCAACAUAUCCAAGCAAAUGUGACUCUUUUUCAUGUUUUUUUACAUAUGAAUAAUAAUGGCAUUUUAGUGUGCUACUUCAUGGACUUUGGCAUUUUAAACUUCAUGAGUACCUUUACUGACUUUAGGGGAAAAAAGCACAUUUUCUGUAAUCGAGACUGUGUUCGUAGUGGUGUAGUUUGCUGGGCUUGUACCCCUAGUGCUACUCAAGUUCUUGUGAUAUGUGGUAUACGUGCUCUCAGCCAGCGAUGUCCCUACUGUGCAUGUUAUGUUAUGCAUGUAUGAUGCAAUAAACUGUCUAAACGUUUUCCCCCCUGUUCCUUUCAUUUUUUUUCUAUAAAGGCAUACCUAUACAACC